AUGCUGCGCUACCUGCUCAAAACGCUGCUGCAGAUGAACUUGUUCGCGGACUCCCUGGCCGGGGACGUGUCCAACUCCAGCGACCUGCUCUUCGGCUUCAACUCCUCGGUGGCGGCGCUCAACCACAGCCUGCCGCCCCCCGGCGAGCCUCCUCUCAACGGGUCGAGGGUCGGGCUGGAGGACGCGAUGCCGCGCAUCGUGGAGCAGCCGCCAGAUUUGCUGGUGUCCCGGGGCGAAUCCGCCACGCUGCCCUGCCGCGCCGAGGGCCGGCCCCGGCCCAACAUCGAGUGGUACAAGAAUGGGGCGCGAGUGGCCACCGCGCGCGAGGACCCACGUGCACACCGCCUGCUGCUGCCCAGCGGCGCCCUCUUUUUUCCGCGCAUCGUGCACGGGCGCCGUGCGCGGCCAGAUGAAGGGAUCUACACUUGUGUGGCGCGCAACUACCUGGGGACGGUGGCCAGCAGGAACGCCUCGCUGGAAGUGGCAGUGCUCCGAGAUGAUUUCCGGCAGUCUCCUGGGAACGUGGUGGUGGCAGUGGGGGAGCCAGCGGUAAUGGAAUGUGUACCCCCUAGAGGCCACCCAGAGCCUUCGGUGUCCUGGAAAAAGGGCAGUGCCCGUGUCAAGGAGGAGGAAGGAAGGAUUACGAUCCGUGGAGGGAAGCUGAUGAUGUCACAUACACACAAGAGUGAUGCAGGGACCUAUAUGUGUGUGGCCUCCAACAUGGCAGGAGAACGGGAGAGUGGGGCAGCCGAACUUGUAGUACUGGAGCGUCCCUCAUUCCUGCGGAGACCAGUGAAUCAGGUGGUCCUGACUGACGCCCCUGUGGACUUCCCAUGUGAGGUGCAGGGGGAUCCCCCACCUCAUCUACACUGGCGGAAGGAGGAUGGGGAACUGCCCACAGGCAGGUAUGAGAUCCGGAGCGACCACAGCCUUUGGAUUGGGCGUGUGAGUGCUGAAGAUGAGGGGACGUACACCUGUGUGGCGGAGAACAGUGUGGGCCGAGUGGAAGCAUCUGGCUCCCUCAGUGUUCACGUCCCACCCCAGCUGGUGACUCAGCCCCAGGACCAGAUGGCUGCUCCUGGAGAGAAUGUGACUUUCCAAUGCGAGACCAAAGGAAACCCCCCACCUGCCAUCUUCUGGCAGAAGGAAGGAAGUCAAGUUCUACUUUUCCCCAGUCAAUCUGUUCAGCCCACGGGGCGCUUCUCAGUCUCUCCCAAAGGCCAGCUCAACAUCACUGAAGUGCAGAGUGGAGAUGCUGGCUACUACGUGUGUCAGGCUGUUAGUGUGGCUGGCAGCAUCCUGGCCAAGGCCCUGUUGGAGGUAAAGGGAGCUUCCAUGGAUGGGAUGCCUCCCAUCAUCCUCCAGGGACCAGCAAAUCAGACAGUGGCACUUGGCUCCUCUGUGUGGCUGCCAUGCAGAGUGACUGGGAACCCUCAACCUAGUGUCCAAUGGAAGAAGGAUGGGCAGUGGCUGCAGGGGGAUGACCUCCAGCUCAACCUCAUGGCCAACGGUACUCUGUACAUCACCAACAUUCAGGAGAUGGACAUGGGCUUCUACAGCUGUGUGGCCAAGAGUUCCACAGGGGAGGCCACAUGGACGGGCUGGCUUCGGAGGCAGGAAGAUUGGGGAGAAUUACCAGACCCCCCUAUGGAACCCAGUACCCCUUUGGGGCCUCCCUCUCAGCCAGUGGUCACUGAGAUCACCAAGAAUAGCAUUACCCUGACCUGGAAAGCCAACCCACAGGCUGGGGCCGCAGUCACCUCUUAUGUGAUAGAGGCCUUCAGCCAAGCCGCCGGCAACACAUGGCGGACAGUGGCAGAUGGUGUACAGCUGGAGACACAUACCGUCAGCGGUUUGCAGCCCAAUACCAUCUACCUAUUCCUGGUGCGAGCUGUCGGAGCCUGGGGCCUCAGUGAGCCGAGCCCUGUCUCUGAGCCUGUUCGUACCCAGGACAGCAACCCAUCCAGGCCUGUGGAGGACCCAUGGAGAGGCCAGCGGGGACUAGCCGAAGUGGUUGUGCGUAUGCAGGAGCCUGUAGUCCUUGGGCCCCGGACUCUGCAGUUGUCCUGGACUGUAGACGGCCCAGUCGAGCUUGUGCAAGGUUUCCGGGUGUCUUGGAGAGUAGCAGGUCCUGAUGGGGAAAGCUGGACAGUGCUGGACCUACAGUCCCCAAGCCAGCAAAGUACCGUGCUAAGAGGACUCCCCCCAGCGACCCGAAUUCAGAUCAAGGUGCAAGCCCAAGGCCAAGAGGGGCUAGGGGCUGAGAGCCCCUUGGUGACCACAAGCAUUCCUGAGGAGGCCCCCAGUGGCCCCCCUCAGGGAGUGGCAGUGGCCUUGGGGGGUGAAGGCAACAGCAGUAUCACUGUGUCCUGGGAACCUCCGCUCCUCUCCCAGCAAAACGGGGUCAUCAAAGAAUACCAGAUCUGGUGCCUGGGCAAUGAGAGCCGCUUCCACCUCAAUCGGUCUGCGGCAGGUUGGGCGCGCUCCGCGGUGCUCCAGGGACUGCUGCCGGGUCUCCCUUACCGGACCCAGGUCGCGGCGGCCACCAGCGCUGGCGUGGGCGUUGCUAGUGCCCCGGUGUCAGUGCAGCUGCCGUCCCCGCCGGAACUGGAGCCCGCGCUCGAGGUGGGCCCGGGGCUGGCGGAACGGCUGGUCAGGGUGCUGCGGGAGCCGGCCUUCCUGGCUGGCGGCGGCGCGGCCUGCGGCGCGCUGCUUCUCGGGCUCGGCGGCGCCUUCUACAUUCUGAUGAAAUUGGUCCAGGAUGCAGCCUGGGUGGUGGAAUUGAGACGGGGCCAAAGAGCGAACAAGAGUUUGGAUAUUUCUGACCCUCUCCCAUUUCCUUUUUCUUUCUCCCACGGGUUCUUUUCGGAAGCUUCCUUUGCCUACACACCUGCAGUGUCCUUCCCACACUCAGAGGGCCUUUCUGGAGACAGUUCCAGGCCACCCAUAGGCCUUGGCCCUGCUCCCUACCCAUGGCUCGCAGACUCCUGGCCUCACCCAUCUCGAAGCCCCUCAGCCCAGGAACCCAGGGGAAGCUGCUGCCCCAGCAAUCCUGACCCAGAUGACAGAUACUACAAUGAAGCAGGAAUCUCCCUUUACCUGGCUCAGACGGCCCGGGGCACUGCCGCCUCUGCUGAGGGUCCUGUCUACAGCACCAUUGACCCCAUUGGGGAGGAGCUGCAGACUUUCCAUGGGGGCUUCCCCCCAAACACCUCAGGGGACCCAGGCACCUGGAGUCACUACGCCCCUCCAGAAUGGAGUCAAGGGGACAGUGGAGCCAGGGGAGGUAAAGUGAAGCUUCUGGGGAAACCUGUGCAGAUGCCCUCACUCAACUGGCCGGAAGCCCUGCCGCCACCUCCCCCUUCCUGUGAACUGAGCUGUCUUGAGGAGCCUGAGGAGCUGGAGGGCGGCUCAGAGUCAGGAGAGUGGUGCCCGCCAGUGCCUGAGAGGAGCCACCUGGCAGAGCUCAGCUCCAGUGGAGGCUGCUUGGUCCCUGCAUCCCGAGGGGAGACCCCCUCUCCCACACCUUCCUAUGGACAGCAGUCCACAGCCACUCUCACCCCCUCACCUCCUGACCCUCCCCAGCCCCCCACCGACAUUCUCCAUCUCCACCAGAUGCCCAGGAGGGUGCCUGUCGGGCCAAGCUCCCCUCUCAGUGUGUCCCAGCCCACUCUGAGCAGCCAUGAAGGGAGGCCUGCUGGCCUGGGUCUUGGCCCCACAGCCUCCCACCACCUCAGUCCCAGCCCUGUCCCUAGCACAGGCAGCAAUGCUCCAGGGAGAACCCGGCAGGUGCCUGGGGAGAUGACGCCUCCACUUCAAGGACACCGUGCCCGAAUCCGAAAGAAACCCAAGGCUGUUUCCUACAGGCGGGAGCACAGUCCUGGGGACUUGCCUCCACCACCCUUGCCGCCACCCGAGGAAGAGGCAAGCUGGGCCUUAGGGCUGAGAGCAGCAGGCAGCAUGUCCUCCUUGGAACGGCAACACAGUGGGGAGAAAAGGAUGGUGCAGAUGGGGCCCCUGGGGGCCCAGCGGGGCCCCCACCUAGAUGAAGAGGCCUGGGUCCCUUACAGCCGACCAAGCUUCCUGUCCCGGGGCCAGGGCGCCAGCACCUGUUCCACCGCUGGCAGCAACUCUUCCAGAGGCUCCAGUAGCUCUCGGGGCUCCCGGGGCCCUGGACGGAGCCGAAGCCGGAGCCGGAGCCAAAGGCCAGGACAGAAACACAGAGAGGAACCAAGAUGACUCUUGAUGAGAAUAUCAGGAUUUCUGUGGGGAAGGGCUUGUCCCUGGGCCGGGAGCCUGGAGGGGAGCCCUUCCCUGGUAAAUGAGAGGGUGCAGAGAGGAGCCGGGAGGGGUCUCUUCCCUCCUGGCAAUGAUCAUGGGGCUCCCUGAGAAACUGGCUUAGAAGCCAGGGAGCCAGCUUUUCCCUUUCCAUCUCUUUUUACCUA